GUCACAGAACAGACAGGUUGCUCCAGCCAACCAGACGGGAGCAGCCGCGAGUGCUCCGUGCUGGCAGUCCGAAGCGAUUGGCUCCUCUCUGGGGAGCGGAGGGCGCUCGGUUAUUAAUGAGCGCCGAGCAGGCAGCACCAUGUCAGUGUGACAACUGAUCGGGUGAGCGAUGCAGCAGUAACCCCCACGGAGACGCGCAGAAGGAAGGCGGGCCAGCCCCCAGGCUCUGCCUGCCCUGGAUGGCGAGCCCCAGCCUGCAGACCGAGAGGGUUCCGGGGGAAGGAGGGCGGGAGCCCCGCGGCAGCCGCCAGCCUGCCUUUCCGUUUUAGAGCAGGGAGAGAUCAGUGUGCGCCGGCAUGCGUGCCUCUCUGUAGUACAUGUGUGUGCCCGCUGUAUUCCACGCGCACGGGCGCCGCUUUUCAGCCGGCCAAGAGCACAGCCAUGUGAGGAUCGCGCAACGACGGAGCUGAGGGGUCCGCGCGCUCCGGGGACGCAGGCGGCGGGGGAGGCAGAAACUGCUCUGGCGAGUUAGCAUCAUGCUGCUAUUCCUGCAAGCACUGAACUAGCAUGGGAUGUGACGAUUAUACUCCGAAAUAAAUGAAUUGCUCAAUUUCCAGUGACCAUCUAUCCAGACGCCAUCUUCAAAAUGUGUAUCAAUGCUCUAUCGUAAAGGAGACAGUGGCCGGCUUUUUUCCAAUAUGCAUGACAUUUCUGGACAAUGCAACUGGGGCACUGGCACUUAUUUCCAUGAAGAAAAACUUUGCAGUUCUAUGGCAUUCGUCAUUUGACAAAUGCAACAAUUUUCCUUGUCAGUCAGCUCUGACUGAACUCACUCGCGGGGACUGUGGAACCCUGAAGGGCCCAUUCAAUUUCUGAAGAAGAAAGCUAAGAUGAAGGACAUGCCACUCCGGAUUCAUGUGCUACUUGGCCUAGCGAUCACUGCCCUCGUCCAAGCGGUAGAUAAAAGAGCGGAUUGCCCACAAUUAUGUACGUGUGAAAUCAGGCCUUGGUUUACACCCCGGUCCAUUUACAUGGAAGCAGCUACAGUGGACUGUAAUGAUUUGGGUCUUUUCAAUUUCCCAGCCCGGUUGCCUGCUGACACACAGAUUCUGCUCCUACAGACGAACAAUAUUGCAAAAAUUGAACACUCCAUAGACUUCCCAGUGAACCUGACUGGCCUGGACUUAUCGCAAAACAAUUUAUCUUCAGUCACCAAUAUUAAUGUAAAAAAUAUGCCUCAGCUCCUUUCUGUGUACCUGGAGGAAAACAGACUCACUGAGCUGCCUGAAAAAUGUCUGCCUGGGCUGAGCAACUUACAAGAGCUCUACAUUAAUCACAACUUGCUUUCUGCCAUUUCUCCAGGAGCUUUCAUUGGCCUACAGAAUCUCCUUCGCCUUCAUCUCAACUCAAAUAGGUUGCAGAUGAUCAACAGUCAGUGGUUUGAUGCUCUUCCCAACCUGGAGAUUCUGAUGAUUGGGGAGAAUCCAAUCAUCAGAAUCAAAGACAUGAACUUCAAGCCGCUUAUCAAUCUUCGGAGCCUGGUGAUAGCUGGUAUAAACCUCACAGAAGUACCAGACAAUGCCUUGGUUGGACUGGACAACUUAGAAAGCAUCUCUUUUUAUGACAACCGGCUUAUGAAAGUCCCCCAUAUUGCUCUGCAAAAAGUUGUAAACCUCAAGUUUUUGGAUCUCAAUAAAAACCCGAUUCAUAGAAUACGGCGGGGUGACUUUAGCAAUAUGCUGCACUUAAAAGAGUUGGGGAUCAAUAACAUGCCUGAGCUGAUUUCCAUCGACAGUCUUGCUGUGGAUAACUUGCCGGAUUUAAGAAAAAUCGAGGCGACUAACAACCCCCGGCUGUCUUACAUUCACCCCAAUGCGUUUUUCCGGCUCCCCAAGCUGGAGUCACUCAUGCUGCAUAGCAACGCCCUCAGCGCCCUGUACCACGGCACCAUCGCAUCCCUGCCCAACCUCAGGGAGAUCAGCAUCCAUAGCAACCCCAUCCGGUGCGACUGUGUUAUCCGCUGGAUUAACAUGAACAAAACCAACAUUCGGUUCAUGGAGCCAGAGUCGCUGUUUUGUGUGGACCCACCUGAAUUCCAAGGCCAAAAUGUGCGGCAGGUGCAUUUCAGGGAGAUGAUGGAAAUCUGCCUCCCGCUGAUAGCUCCUGAGAGCUUGCCUUCGAAUGUGGAUUUGGAAGCCGGAAGCUAUGUUUCCUUGCACUGCAGAGCUACUGCAGAGCCACAGCCCGAAAUCUACUGGAUAACACCUUCUGGUCAAAAACUCUUGCCUAACACGCUGAAAGACAAGUUCUAUGUCCAUUCUGAAGGCACGCUAGACAUACGUGGCAUAACCCCAAAUGAAGGGGGUUUAUAUACUUGUAUAGCAACGAACCUGGUUGGUGCUGACUUGAAGUCUGUGAUGGUCAAAGUGGACGGUUCUUUGCCCCAGGAUAACAAUGGAUCCUUGAAUAUUAAAAUUAAAGAUGUCCAGGCCAAUUCCGUUCUGGUGUCUUGGAAGGCAAGUUCUAAGAUUCUCAAAUCCAGUGUUAAGUGGACAGCCUUUGUCAAGACAGGAAAUCCCCAUGCCGCCCAAAGUGCUCGAAUACCGUCGGACGUCAAGGUGUAUAACCUGACUCAUCUGAACCCGUCGACUGAGUAUAACAUUUGUAUUGAUAUCCCCACCAUCUAUCAGAAGACCAGAAAACAAUGUGUGAAUGUCACCACAAAAGAUUUGGACCCUGAUUGGAAGGAAUAUGAAAAGAGUACCACCACCACAUUUAUGGCCUGCCUUGGGGGUCUCCUGGGGAUUAUUGGUGUGAUAUGUCUUCUCAGCUGUCUCCCUCAACAUGUGAAUGGUGAUGGUGAACACAGAUACGUGAGGAAUUAUUUACAGAAACCAUCCUUUGCAUUCAGUGAGCUCUACCCUCCUCUGAUUGACCUCUGGGAAGGAGGCAGAGAAAAAAGCUCAGCAUUGGAAGUGAAAGCAACGGUUAUCGGUGUGCCAACAAACAUGUCCUAAAAACAACCAACUAAACCUACUUCAAACAAAAGCUCAUGACUGACUGUAGUGCUCGAAAAAAAAAAAGGCAGAGAAAUAUUACUUUCUAGAAAGAAGUGUAAGCUUCACCAAUGCUGCUCCUGACCAAUGGAUCUAUGUACAAGUUCAGCAUUUUAAUUAACUGGCUUCAAAGGGUACUGUGGCAACCAAAUAAAGUAAUUCCAUUUUCUAGAACUUCCAUGUAACUUUUAUGUCUGGACUACAGUUAAAGUGGACGAAAACAUUUCUGUAUUUUUUUUAAGUAUAUAAGAGUAGUUGAACUGAGCAAUACCUCCUACUGUGUUGUAUCACACAUAUUAGCCACGAGUUUUUGCAGUGACCAGAUAAACUUGAAUUGACACGUGGUGUAACAAAUGGACACAUUCUGUAGAGUAGACACAGUGAGUAUGUGGGCCUCUUUUAUAAGGAAAAAUACAUUUUGGAUUAAAACCAAUUGCUUUUGUCUUGUUUUUGUUUCUAAAUAAAGAAUAAUUUCUGGGAA